GUAUGAUGGCACGAACAUCUCUGCAAUGGCUGAUCUUUCUCACUUCACUGCUGAGGAGCACACCAAACCAAGACCCAGAAGAACUAACAGCGAAGGCUGGAGAGGAUGUCACUCUUCAGUGUCGGGAUCAUAGAGGUGGUGACAUUGGAAAGUUAGUGUGGAGCAGAACUGACCUGGGGUCAGACGGUUACGUCUUCUUCUUCAGAGAAAACCGCCUCUACGAGUACUUGCAGCAUCACGCAUAUUGUGGUCGAGUGACCCUUAGAGAUCCGGAGAUGAAGGACGGAGACGUUUCUGUUGUUCUGAAGAACGUCAGCGUCAACGACAACGGAACAUACCAGUGUCGAGUUGCAAACGGUGAAGGAGACAAGCUUAUCAACACCACCAAGCUGACCGUCUCAGGUUCAAACAGUGAAAACAAAAUGAAUGAUGUCCCUGAGGAUGGAAACUCCUCUCCUGUAGGCCGUGGACUGGCAGCAGGUGUUACAGUUGUAAUGCUUCUUGUAGCUGUUUUUGCAGUGGUUGGUUUCCUGAUGUAUAAAAGACAUAAGAACAAGAGAUCAGGACCACCUGCUGCUGCUGAUGACGCCUGCGCAGAGAGAGACGGAAUACAUUCCUCUGAAUGGUGUGUGAGGUCAUGUGUAAAUCUGUAGUAGUUUAUCCCUUCAAAAACCCCAUGUACUUUUUCCACUUACUGUAAAGACACCAAUAAUGUCUCCCCUAUCAUGGUGGAGGGGUCUGUGUAUCUGAGUCUGGGAUCUCUAUUAUCUGGAGCUCUGAGUCCUGUAGGGCAGGGGUGUCAAACUCAAGUUCACUCAGGGCCAGUGGUGGAAUGUAACAAAGUACAAAUACUUCGUCACUGUACUUAACGUAACCUUCACGUAUCUGUACUUUACUUAAGUACAAUCAAUAGUGCAUACUUUUGACUUUUACUUCGUUACAUUUUGCAGGAAUUAUCUAUACUUCCUACUCCACUACAUUUCUACAAUGUUCCGUUACAUUUUCUGAUCAGUUUUAUCCCCUGCCAAAACGUCUUCCUGACCGUCUCACCAGUCUGCAGGGAAGCCUUCAGCAGCGGCUCCUGCACCGGCGGCAGUCUGUCCAGCUCCCGGUGCCGCUCGCGAUAUUACGAAUCCCACUAUGGCCACGCUCCCGAUACUCUGCUUGGUCAUAAGUGAAGCAUCCGUUCACAUAGGGUUAAUAUACAACACGUAUAUAUUUAUCUUAAAAACACUGCCGGUCCUCCUCAGCUCUGAAGCCACGUACUUGUUGUCCAAGCCCGUGUGUUCUCGCUAAAUAAAUGUGUGUAGCAUUCGCUGUCCCGUGGGAAAUAAUGCAAAGUCGAGCUUCAUGCUGAUCACCCUGAUACAUAACCAGAAUUGUAAGUCAGAAUGUAAACUGGGCCACAGAUGGUAAGCCCAAUUACAUCAACCUAAAACUAACUUAAUUGAAAUGCUACAGCCCGUACUGUUUUUUUUUUUACAUAUAGACAUUACGAUAAAUC